AUGAAGCGCAACUCGAGCGACCUCAAGGAACAGCGCGAGCUGCAGCUCGUCGCCCUGGAAGAGGUGGCCAAGGCCAAGGAGGUGCCCUGCCCCGAGGACCGCGCGUCUUGCUGGAGCCGCGCGACCCUGAGCUUCCUGACGCCGCUGCUCGGCAAGGGCGUCGACAUCACGCUCCGGGACAUCGGCCGGCCGAAGCAGAGCGACGUCGCGGCCGAGGUGUCGGCGCGGUUCCAGCGGACCUGGGCGCCCGCCGUCGCCAGGUACGACGCGGCCAAGGCCGGCGGCGCCGCGUCCCCGAAGGUCCCGGACCUCUUCACGUCCCAGCUGCGCGCCAUCGACGGCGGCCUCUGCCGGUUCCUCUUCGCGUGCGUCUGCUUCUUCGCGGAGGGCCUGCUCCAGCUCGUGCCCGUCCUGUGCCUCCGCGUGCUCGUGCUCCACUUCGAGCAGAACGACGAGGACCUGCUGAGCACGCGCGCCCAGUGGACCAUCGUCGCGGCGCUCUACCUCGCGCCGUCGCUCGGGUCGCUCGCGCGCGCGCGCUACGACACGGAGAUGGUCCACGUGGGCUGCCAGAUGUACAGCGCCUGCUCCCUCGCGCUCUACGAGAAGGCCCUGCGGCUCUCGCCGACGGCGCGGGGCGACUACGAGGCGGGCAAGAUCGUCACGCUCUUCACGGUCGACGCGUUCAGCGUGCAGAAGCUGCUCCUCUUCAUCGGCAUCCUCUUCAGCGGCCCCAUCAUCAUCGUGCUCUGCCUCUACUUCAUCUACCAGCUCGUCGGCGAGGCCAUGUGGAUCGGUUUGGGGUUCAUGAUCGUCUGCGUGCCGCUCCAGGUCGCGAUCUUCAUCCCGUUCUUGGCCCUCCAGAAGGCCUACCUCAAGGCCGCGGACGAGCGCGUCAAGCUCAUGAACGAGGUGCUCGGCGGCGUGCGCGUCGUCAAGUUCCUCGCCUGGGAGCGGCCCUUCCUCGAGAAGAUCACGGCGCUCCGCGCCGUCGAGUCGAAGAUCCUCUGGAAGCAGUCGAAGAUCAUCUCCGUCGGCUUCGCCGUCGUCAUGCUCGGCGCGCCCAUCUUCCAGCCCGUGCUCAUCUUCGCCUACUACACGCAGAAGAUGGGCCGCGAGCUCGACAGCUCGACGGCCUUUGCGACUUUGAGCCUCUUCUCGCUCCUGCGGCUGCCGCUCGCGUUCCUGCCCUUCUGCCUCAUCCAGUUCCUCACGUACCAGGUCUCCGCGAAGCGCAUGGCCGCCUUCCUCACGCAGCCCGAGCUCGACGAGCGCAAGGGCGGCGCGAACGGCGCCGCGCUCGCCAUCGAGGACGGCACGUUCGCGUGGUCGACGAAGCCGCCCGUCCGCGACGAGAAGGAUGAUGACGACGAGGACGCGGGGCUCAAAGACGGCAAGAAGACAAAGCCCAAGAAGAAGAAGAAGCCCAAGAAGGCCGCGAUCGUCGACCCGGAGAACCCGCCGGAGCCGCUGCCGCUCGCGCUCGAGCGCAUCGACCUGGCCGUCGCGCCCGGCCAGCUCGUCGGCGUCGUCGGCCCCGUGGGCAGCGGCAAGUCGAGCCUGCUCGCGGCCAUCGCCGGCGAGAUGGAGACCAUCGCCGGCGCGUCCAAGCUCGCGCCGGGCGCCGUCGCCUUCUGCGCGCAGGUGCCCUGGGUGCUCAACGCGACGGUCCGCGACAACGUGCUCUUCGGCGCGGACUUUGACGGCGACCGCUUCGCGGCCUGCGUGCGGCGCUGCGCGCUGGCCGACGACCUGGCGCAGCUCCCGGGGGGCGCGCUCUGCGAGAUCGGCGAGCGCGGCAUCAACGUCUCGGGCGGCCAGAAGGCGCGGAUCUCGCUCGCGCGCGCGGCCUACAGCGACUGCGCCGUCGUGCUCCUCGACGACCCGCUCAGCGCCGUCGACGCCCACGUGGCCCUGCACCUCUUCGACGAGUGCAUCGCGGGCGGCGCGGGCGCGCCCGGGUCGCUCGGCGGGCGCACGCGCGUCCUCGUGACGCACCACGCCAAGGUGCUGCCCCGCUGCGACGUCGUCGUCGUCGUCAAGGACGGGCGCAUCGUCGCCAAGGGCACCUACGACGAGCUCGCGGCCCGGGGCGUCGACAUGGGCGAGCUGACGGUCGAGGAGCAGCCCGAGGAGGUCAAGGACGUCCAAGUCGCGACGAAACUCAUCCGCGACGACGAGCCCGUGCUCGUCGAGGCGACGGGCCUCGACGCCGUCGUCGCCGAGGCCGUCGAGGCCGACGUCGCGGCCCACGCGCUCCACGAGGACGAGGAGCUCGAAGGGCUGCACGCGGCGGAGCAGCGCCAGCUCCGCGAGGGCGCGCUCGUCAAGGACGAGAAGACGGCGGAGGGUUUGGUGUCGAACAUGACCUGGAUCGUCUUCGCGAAGGCCGGCGGCUCCGUCUGGCUCGUCGUCGCGUUGACGGUCAUGGUCGCGGGCCGCGCGUCGGAGAUCGGCGGCCAGUUCUUCCUCGCGCGGUGGACGUCGAACCACAAGGACCCGAACCAGUCGACGGUCAUGGACUUCGUCUACUACUACCUCUACUACGCCCUGGGGGCCGUCAUCGCGCUCGCGAUCCGCGCCCUGGUCCUCGCGUACCACCGCAUCAAGGCCGCGUCCGCGCUCCACGCGACGGUCGUCGAGCGCGUGCUCUUCGCGCCGACGGCCUUCUUCGACGUCACGCCCGUGGGGCGCAUCCUCAACCGCUUCUCGGGGGACAUGCUCACGUUAGACACGGAGCUUUCCCGGAACAUGUCCGAAUUCUGCGGCAUCGCGAUGUACGUCGUCGGCGCGAUCGUCGCGCUCUGCGCGGCGACGAAGGGCCUGUUCCUCGCGUUGUUCGUCCCCAUGGGCUACGCCUACCGCUGCAUCGACCGGCGCUUCCGCACGUCGUCGACGCAGAUCGCGCGGCUCGCGAAACUGGCGCGGUCGCCCGUCAUCGCGGACUUCUCGGAGAUCCUCAACGGCGUGGCGACGGUGCGCGCCUACGACGCCGUGAAGCGCUUCGAGGAUCGGUUGCGGAGCCGUCUAGAUGCGUUGGCGGCCUGCGUGGUCCUCGAGCAGCUCUGCUACAACUGGUUGAGCGUGCGUUUGGACCAGCUCGCGGCGGUGUCGUCCGCGGCCGUCGCGGCUUUAGCCGUCGGCACGCAGGGCGGCUUCAUGAACGCGGGCUUCCUCGGCCUGGCGUUGAUGUCGACCAUCGAGGUCACGGGCUUCCUCAAGAACGCCGUGCGCCUGUCGUCGCUCCUCGCGUCGAACAUGGCGUCCGUCGAGCGCCUCGGCGAGUACGGCGACUGCUUCCGGGGCCCCGGCGAGGCGCCCGACGACCCGCCGCCCCUCGUGCCCGCGGAGGCCUGCGAGGUCGUCGCGAAGCGCAUGGACCCGCCGCCGGACUGCUGGGCGCCGACGAAGGGCGCCGUGACCUUCAAGGGCGCGCGGAUGCGCUACCGCGACGGGCCUUUGGUGCUCAAGGGCAUCGACGUCGAGAUCCCCGGCGGCGCGCACGUCGGCGUCGUCGGCCGCACGGGCAGCGGCAAGUCGUCGCUGACCGCGGCGCUCUUCCGCGUCGUGGAGCUGUGCGGCGGGUCGUGCGAGAUCGACGGCGCCGACGCGGCGGCGCUCGGGCUCCGCGAGCUCCGGCGGGGCCUCUUCAUCAUCCCCCAGGACCCCAUCCUCUUCUCCGCGUCGCUGCGCUUCAACGUCGACCCCUUCGACGAGUACACGGAGCACGAGGUCAAGGACGCGCUCGAGCGCGCGGAGCUCGGACCGUUCGUCGCGUCGCUCACGAACGGUUUGGACGAGCUCCUCCAGGAGGGCGGCUCGAACCUGAGCGUGGGCCAGCGCCAGCUCGUCUGCAUCGCGCGGGCCCUGCUCCGCAAGCCCAAGAUCCUCGUCCUCGACGAGGCGACGGCGUCCAUCGACAACGAGACCGACGCGGCGAUCCAGAAGCAGAUCCGCACGAACUUCAAGGCCUCGACGACGAUCACCAUCGCGCACCGCCUCCACACGAUCCUCGACUCGGACCUCGUCCUCGUCCUCGACGACGGCCACGUCCUCGAGUUCGACGCGCCCAAAGCGCUCCUCGCGAAGGACGGCUCCGCCUUCAAGGCCCUCGUCGUCGUCAAGACGGCGGAAGCGGUCAACAAGAUGGGCGAACGCAUCGGCGUCAUGAAGACGCUCGACGACGGCACGAAGGUACAGGAGAACGACAACGGGACGUCGAUCCAGAUCUGCAAGGACGGCACGCGCAUCCAGACGAACACCGACGGCAUCAUCAUCCAGACGAACCCCGACGGCUCGAAGAUCCAGCGCAACCCGGACGGCAAGCAGAUCGACACGUCCGCCGACGGCAUGACCCAGAUCCAGACGAACCCCGACGGGACGCAGAUCAAACUCAAAUCGUGCUCGACCUGCGGCCUCUGCGGUGACUGCGAGUGAGGAGGCGCGCGCGCACACCGGAAGGAACACAAGAGUCGUAAGUCCGCGCGC